GCGAGCCGGUCCGCUGGGAGGAACUUUUAGCUAACCAUAACUUACCACGCGAUGAAAGCUUUGGUCUCGAGGUGAAGCAGACCGUCGUAACGAAGCAAUAAAUCACGCGGAAAAUGAUCGUCUCGAGUAGAGGCGGCUAUAGUUCGAGGAGGGCCGUGGUUUGCUUGGUCCUGUGCGUAUAUGUCGCUGCGACGGAGGCGUACACGGUCUACGUGUUUAAUCCGCAAGCUUACAAUCCAGAAGCGAUCGGCGCGAGGCAAUCUUACGUAGAAGCCGAGGAUCUGUCGCGGGAUGGCGACUACCAGUCGAGGCUGAUCCCCAUCAAGACGCCUCGCGUGGACGAGCAACUGGUAGCUUUGCCCCUGGAGCCGGAGGCCGAAAUGCUGCCGGCUCAUUACACCGGUGUAAAGCCGCCCGGUGUCGACCACAUGGAACUGAAGUACGCGGAGAGCCAGGUCUCGAAGGUCGAUCCCACGCAUCAAUCGUCGAGGAGCUCGAGCCAACGUGGAGCGACUAGGCAGCAAUCUGGCAGCGUCCACGAGGUUCAGCGACAGAAAGCGGCUUCCUUCGAGAAGGCGCGGAAAGGCGAUCGUCGGAAAGAGCACCGGACGAGCGAAUCCGUCGAGAACGGUGGCCAGAAGAAGAGUCGUUCCAAGGAGAACGACAGCUCCGAGCACGAUGAAGCAACGGCCGGUGGGAAAGCGGGGAACAGCCAUCGGAAAAAGAAGAGCGGCUAUUUAAACAGCAAGGCGGGCGGCUAUCGCAAUCUGUAUCACAAGGACGAGUUCAAGAGGGACCACGAUUUCUAUGAUAACGACGACGAAGGCGGACACUUGAAGAAACACGGCCGCUACAAGGAGAAGCAUGUUGCGCGCGAGGGCACGUACAAGAACGGAGCGAGCAGGAACGCGGGCGUCGGUGGAGCGGAAACCGGGAAGAAGGGAGCUAAAAAGAACUCCCGGGCCGAGCAGGAAUCCGAAGGUCGUGCCGCCGGCCGCGGUUACGAUGGAUUCUUUAAAAACUUCCAGGGAUUCGCGAAACAGAUCGGUCAAGCGGACGGCGGAAAGUUUGGCUUCGUCGAGGCGAAAGAGCGAUAGGGUAGAUGCGUCAGUUACGGUGCCCUUAACACGGAAUCUUCCGAGGCAGUGAAAAUGAGCGAUUUCGUUAACGCGUCAAUAAUUUUACGUAAAUUAAAAGUUAUAUUUUAUUUGAAAAUAAUUAAUACUUUCGAUCUGUUCGAGCUAAAUUUCGUUGGAAUUGAAACUUAAUCCGAGGCAACGGUAAUCGAGGGACCCGUAGUAACCGACGCAUCUAUCCUAGAACCGUCCUGCAGAAUCCUGUGGUUACACGUUCGAGUAUGUCGUUCCAUUGCUCGUUUCAGAAUAAAUUCUUGAUUGCUGUUUUAUCGUUUACCCGUUAUGCGAUGGAAUUUAUUCGAUUUAUCGGCGCUGCCCGUGAUCGAGCACGCGUUUCCGCGCUAUCGUUAAUGCGUGUCAUGCGAUGAGCUUGAUUGAAGAUAAUUAUCCGAUCUACAUUGUACAUAUUAUCGGUGCGAUAUUUAGCAUAAUAGCGGCAUGUAUAAUAAUUUCGUAUUAAUGAUGCUGAUUGUCUCGCAUCAGUUUUUUGGAUUUCUUACGAACGUAUAAUACGAGUACGUGGAAAAUCAAUAUUCCGAACAAUUAAUUUCGAGAGGCGAUUAUCGUCGUUGAUUAAUCUGCGAUCACCGUUUUAUUUGUCUGCUUUCGUUAACUUUUAUUGCGCACAUCGUUUACUCAGAUUUUUAUCAAGAAACGUGCAGUAAGAAUAUUGUAAAAGCUAAGAUGCUGCGGUAAAUAAAAGGAUGAAGCGUAAGAAUUGUUCGAA